AUGUCGAGUCGGCGGACAUUGAGCGAUCAACCACGCAACUGGUCACAGGAGUCCAGCAGCUCGCAGGAAGAGCUGAUUCUCUAUCGAGGGAACCGCAUUGUCGAGCCUGAAAACCCUGAAAGACAACCCAAGAAUCCGCCCUCCGAUGCUCAGGCUGAUGAAGGUUUCGUUCGUUUUCUCAAGAAGCACGCCUCGCCAACGCACCAGCGAGUCACCGCUGGGGGCCGGAUUGUACCAAUGGAACACAGAACUCGUCCUCCUGUCUGUCAAUUGGCGGAUUGCAAACCACAUCCAGAGUCUGAGCGCAAAAACAAUACCGGUGAAGGAGUCGCAACGAACACCGAGGGUCCAAAGUCAGAAGCAAGUAACCAGGUCAAGCCAAAGCUUGAUUCUAGUGACAUUCUGGCACAAUCCCAACCUCAGCUUCACGUUCAGCUGCCUAUGACCAAUGCAAUGAUCGCCAACAAUGCCUUCAAUGCAGGCAUCAACGUCAAUCUGGUGUCCCCGGGAGAUGCCUUGGCUCUUGACAACGCAACUGCACAAUCUCAACACUGGCUGGCUCCCAUACCGUCAGCACCUGGUGGUCCAACCAUGUUUCCUGAUCCAUACUAUUUGCAGAGCCCUCAACUGUUUCCGAGUUGCGCAAUGCCCCUGACCCCACCGGUUUCUGGAUUCAAUGGAACCUUAGAUGGACAAUAUCCUGUGGCCUUUGUCCCUUUCCCAGACAUGAUGGGUUUUCCUGGCCCGACUGACAUGCCGAUAAUGACCGGAGAGCUUGCUCAGGCAGAAGCGAGCUCCCUUGACCACAUGAUCGCCGGUGCCACCGCCCGCUUCCAGGAGCUGGACCGCCAACUCAAGAUGAUUGACCGCCACCGUGCAAUGAGAGUGCGCGAUCCCUAUCUCUCCGAGCAUCGAAUGGCUGUUGUUGAAAUGCGUGCAAAUGCAAAGUCGGAGAUCUCGUACUGGUCCAAUCUUGCAUCAGAAGCCAAGAGCGCACCAAAAUGGUCCGGGGGCGCAGGUAGCACACUCAACGUGGAAGCAGCUGCCUAUGUCCCUCUUCAAACUGGCCCGAUCAUCACAGCAUCGCCUAGCAAGCCAGGCAGCGUCUUGAAGGCUAAUGACUACGCCGUCCAGCUCGCCCAACCCAAGGCUUCGCCCAAAGCAGGGCGUCGUGGUAUUCCGAUCGUGCCACCUCCAGAAACAUCCGACCUGACGGUCAAGAAGGCUAAAGACGCGCCUCCAACCCAGCCUUCGUCUUCGAAUGUGGAUGAAUGGGGUGUUCGCCUCGGCGUUGCACCUCCAGAUUUGCUCCGUCAACAAGAUGAACUGGCGAAGGUCCUGAUUCGCGAAGCAAGCAUGUCACCGCAGAAAUUCGCCAGCAAUGGGUCAAGCGGGAGUUCAUUGGCAAGUCACAACACGUCACCGUUGCACGAUUCUGCAAUUGAGUCCUCGCCGGAUGUGAAUGAAGAGAACAAGGCGGAAAGUGACGAGUGGUUACCGACAAACCCUGGUCGGGCGCCUGCGACUGUUGAAGCAUGCUAUGAGUUGCAGCUCGAUGCCAUGCGGCUGCCUAAGGGCAUCAUCAGCAAGGUCCGAUUGCCAGAUGGUACUAUCACCGAAGUCCGAGGUCGAGGUCUGCAACGUCCGCCUUCUCUGGGAAUGGACGACUUUGAGAGACGGUACUGGAAGUCGAAGCCUGUUCUAACCAAGGAAAUGACCUCGCAAUUCGUCGGUAUCCGAGCCUGUGACGAACCUUCCGCUGUAGAGGAAGUUCUCGAAUACCUCGACUCCAAUCACCUCAACGGUGCAGGUCCAAUCAGCAGCCGUAAUACACCGUUCAAGGAGAAUACCAAGGGGGACCUAUCAGGUAGCAGCUCUGCGUCGUCAGACAGAUUCAGGGAUGACUUAAGAGAUGCGGCAAAGGGAGGUCUACCGGCAGCGAACCGUCCGCGGGAACACGGCCACAAGGAGCACCACUCGGCAACGUUCGGGUCCAAUGGAUCUGAUCCAAGCAUGUUGACCUUCAAGCAAUCGUCUGCUUCUUCCACGCCUCUGUGGUUGCGAGGAGAUGACAGGGUAGGCUGGUUUGCAAGCGAGCCAUCUCAGGAAGCUGGCAUCAACAAGGGGUACACGUCUGUGUCGGUGCAGAAUGUGCAUGCCAUAGGUCGGCUUCCGCACAUGCUGGACGGCACCACUGACAGUCAACGUCGCUCGGCGAAAUUGAUGCUUUCCGCAGCUGGCAAACGCCGAAGCCCGCACCGAGGACACAGCGCGACUACUGCUUCAGACGCCUUUCCUGGACCGACAGGUCGGACAGGUCGAAGCCCCGCCAAUGGUACCGAUGACGGGGUUCAAAACACCAUUGGCACGCAGGAAGAGCUGUGA